AUUUAAAAUGAAAAGAAAAGUAGAAGCACAAAACACUAAUUUAAUAAAAGUUAAGAAGAAAAAGAUAAACACAACAAAGGUGUUGUCUGCUGAAGAAAGACAAAGAAAAAAAACUUCUCUUUAUAGUGCUCCGACAAGUGAAGAGUUAAACCAGCUAAGAGAAAAUGAGAAUUUAUACAAAAGUAAUUUGUUUAGAAUGCAGAUUCAAUAUCUUCUUGAAGAGGUCUGCUUAAAAGAAAAAAAAGUUAAAAAAAUAAAUGAUGCUCUGCAUUUGUUAAAUACAUUUAUAAAAGGUACAUGUUCGCAAUCUGAAGAACACGAGAUAUCUGGUAGUUGUCUACCAAGAGGUGUGGAGUUUCCCCUUCCUCAUUAUAUAUCAAGAGAAAAAAUUAAAGGGAAAUUUAGGUAUAUUGCUCCAAAAGAAAUUACAGUAAUUGGAAGUUAUCUAUUAAAAACCAUGACAAAACCUAGAACAUCUAUUGAUAUUGCUGUUGAAAUGCCAAUGGAUUGUUUUCAGCCUCGUGAUAGCUUAAACUUUCGUUAUUAUUUUAAACGAGCUGCAUAUUUAUCAUGGCUUGCAUUUUACUUGAAAGAUUGGGAAUUAACUGACUCUCUUCAUUUUUCUUGCACUUAUAACCAAUACAAACCUAUUCUGUGUUUGACUCUAAAAGGAAAAAGUUUAAACAGUUAUUUUAUCAAUAUUCACUUGGCUAUUCCUAAUGGAGUAUUUAAAUUAUCACGAUUUACACCUUUAACUAGUAACAUCAGAACAAGUUGGUUUUGCUUAAAUACUUCUAAAACUGCAGAUUCUGCAAUACCAACACCUCAUUAUAAUAGUGGCAUACUUUCUGAUAUGCUUUUUGAGGAUCAUUUAAAAGUUUUGUAUGCUGCUAUUAAAGAAUGCCCAGCAAUACGAGAGGCUGUAUGUCUAUUUAAAGUGUGGUUGAAGCAAAGAACUUUUAAGGGUGCUUGCACAUUUAAUGGAUUUGUUGGCUCCAUGUUUAUGGUAUAUUUACUGAAAAAAAAACAGAUUUCAUUUAAUCUUAGUUCAUAUCAAAUAUUCAAGAUUGCAAUGCAUUCAUUAGCAACAUCUGACUGGUCAAAAAAUGGGAUUACAAUAUGUGAUGAUGCAAAUAAGUCUUUAGUUUCUUUUCAUGAAAAAUUUGAUGUUGUGUUUGUGGACUCAACUGGAGAACUCAAUUUAUGUGCAGACAUCACUAAGUUAACUUACAAUAUGAUUCGUUACCAAGCAACAUUGUCUUUAAGUAUUCUGGACAAUUCUAUGGAGGGUGGUUUUGAUCCAUUGUUUAUCAAACAACAACAUUUUCUUCAAGUUGCUGAUCACUCAUUUCGGCUCAACAAUCUUGUUGAUUUUCACAAACAACUGAUGCAAAAUCAAUUACACAAAACUUUAAUAAUGGAUUUUGGAGGAGACUGGUUAAAACUUGUUCCAAAUAUAGUUUCAGAAAUUUUAUUGUCUGGACUUGAUAAAAGAGUUCGGUUGUUAUUUGAGAAACCCUCUGAAGAAAAGCAGUGGACAGUUACAUCAUGUAAGGGAAUUGAUGAUUUUGGUGGAUAUAUUUGGUUUGGGUUAUUGUUAGAUCCUGAGUACUCUGAAAAUGUUCUUAGUAUGGGACCAUCAGCAGAUCAGCCAGAGGCAAAAACUUUUCGAAAAAUAUGGGGUGCAAAAUCAGAAUUAAGAAGAUUUCCUGAUGGUAGCAUUAAUGAAGCUGUAUUAUGGUCUUGUGUUAAUAAAGAGGAAACUAAGUUUAUCUGUAAACAAAUUGUUCAUCAUCUCCUACAGUUGCAUUGUAACAUCCCCUCAACAAAUAUUUUUUAUCAUGGCGGAGAGUUUAAUGUUUGUCUAAAAAGGAAGUAUAUUGAAACUGAUGAUCAUGUCAAAAAUAAACCUGGAUGUGGAGAAGAGGAAGGAAUUAACUUUAUAAAAACAUUUGAAAAAUUGUGUAAGGAAAUUAAUGCACUUGAGAAUUUACCAUUAAAAAUUCAUUCCAUUGAUGGAAUUGACCCUGCUUUUCGCAUGACUGAGGUAAAUACACCUCUACAGCAUAUUACAAAAGCUGGUUAUGAAAAUAAAAUUAUUGCUCCUAAAUUUGAAAAGAAGCUGCCUCGUUUUUGUCCUGUUUAUAAUGUUGUUUUGCAAUUUGAAACAAGUGGAAAAUGGCCUGAUGAUGUUUUGGCUAUUCAACACAUAAAAGCUGCUUUCCACCUCAAAUUAGCAGAUUCCAUUCGAAGUUCUAUUAAUAUUCCAGCCGUUGCAUCCCCUGGAUUUGUUGAUGUCAUCAAGAAUGGUUAUGUUUUUCGUAUAUCUGUGGUUAAUUAUCGUGAAAUGGUAUUGUACCAAGAAAAUUUGAAUGUUGGUUCUCUUCUUAAAAAAGAGUGUGAAUUAGCUGCUCACCAACUUGAUGUUAUAAUUGUAAAAAAACCAUUGCACAACUCUCUAAUUAAAAGUUUAAACAGUCAAUAUCAUGAAUACCCUUUAACAGUCAGAUUGGCUAAAAAAUGGAUAGCUGCCCAAAUGUUUUCUGAAUUUCUCUCAGAAGAGGCAGUAGAGCUUAUUGUAGCUUUUUUGUUUUUAUGUCCACAACCAUCAGAAGCACCAAGAUGUCACAUGUCUGGCUUUAUACGCUUCUUAGAGUUUAUGUGUAACCAUGAUUGGAAUAAUGAACCAGUAAUUGUUAAUCUCAACAACCAAAUUACAAAUGAAGAAUUUCACAAAAUAAAGGAGAAUUUCGAAUUGAACAGAGAUCAGCUAUCUCCUAUGUGUGUGGCUUGUUCAUAUGAUCACCAGGGAGGAUUGUGGACAAAAAAUAUAAAUAAGCAGAUUCUACGUCGUUUGGCGUUGCUGGCAGACUCCGCAUUAAAAUACAUCGACUCAAACAUAUGGUCAAACGUUUCUAUUUCUGUUGAACCUAUAUUUCGUCCUCCGAUCAGCGACUAUCACGUUGUUAUUGAGUUAAAAAAGGAGAUGGUUCCUCUUUAUUAUUUAAAUAUUGAUUCCAAUAUUCGUUCCAAAUCAUUUGCAAUUAAAGAUUCUAUUGUGAGUACAUGUAUGCCUGUGGCUGAUUUCAAUCCACCAAAGCUAUAUCUAGAAGAGUUACGCAGUGCGUUCUCGGAGAUUGCUUUGUUUUUUUACGAUGCUUAUGGAGGAAUAAAUAUUGGAGUUAUUUGGAAGUUAAGUGCGUUAACUCCGCAACCUUUUAAGAUUUUGCAUGCUCGUUACCAAACUCUUGUCAAAGCUGAUAUAAAGAAAUCUAAAAAAAAGAUCGUGCCAUGUUCAACACCAAUGUCUAUACCAAAUAUUUCAGCUAUUAUUGAUGACUUCAAAAUUAUAGGAAAAGGCCUGGUCAACAAUGUAACUGUCUUGAAAAAAAAUUAACUGUUUGGAAUUAUUUUUGUGUUAGUUGGCGUCCGUACACAAGAAUUACGCGAAGUAUUAUUAUUAUUAAUACAAUAUUCUAUUUGAGAUUAAAA